AUCAUCUGGCUUUGUCUGUUACACACAUUUAUCUCGUUCAAAUGUAAGGUUAUUUUAUUUUUCCUUAUAUUAUUUUCGGAUUUACACAAAACUCUUCGUACGACGUCAAGCCACGAAAUGAGACGAAUCAACUCUACUCUAUGAAGUUUGUUUUUCAAGCUUUAGUGACAAUUAUCAAGGAAGUCAUGAAACUGUUGUGAUUUUUCUUGCCUCUGAAAUGUGAGAUUCGUUGAUUGACAAGUAUACCAAAACAUUAGUUUUCUGGCACAAAAUUUUUAACCAUUACACACUGUGUUAGGGGAAACCCAUCAUCACAUGUACAUUCAGUACGUGAUAAACUAUGUUUGAAUUCUAUUGGCCAGUACUAAAAGUUCAUUGAUUGGUCUAAACAUUUAUAAUCCGUAGUUAGUAGUUUAAUAACAGGACAUCAUAUAUUGCAAUGGCGAUAUACCAACUAUUACUUAUUAACAGUUUGUAUGCGAAUACUCCAGUGUAAAGCAUUUUAUUCUAAGGUCAAUAAUCAAAUAAGUGAUUUUAUCUUUGUACUAACGGUUAGCAAACGUUUUUGUAACAGAUUUGCCUUACAGGCAUUCCUUUCCAUAUUACUGAACAAAAACAUGUGUAUACACUAAAAAGAAAGAUGUUUACAAAAGAUUUUUCGAAUUGUGUAACCGACAGGUACAUACAAGCCAAAUCAUUUUCAAUGUUCAAUUGUUUAUAUGUGCUUACAGUCAUAAUGCACUCACCUCUUGAUCAAUUCAAAAUAUCUAGCGUUCAUGGACAAAAUAUACUGAAAUAUGAACCGGUUUUUCAUCGAAAACCAAAUGAAUUAUUUGAAAAUUAUAGUAAUAACGCAGGAAAUCAUUCUUCCGAAGUUACCAACAGAUCAAGGGUGGAACAUUUAGCACUACAACAUGAUUUUAUGAAAAACUCUGAGAAUUCUGAUUGGUUUGAAAAUAGAAUUAUGAGGAGAGUAUACAACAAAAGAAGUAGCCACGAAGUAGGCGAUCAAAACUCACAGGAAACAUAUAAGUCACAAUGGAACAGUAAUAAAAUUAGCAAUGCAAAUGUGAAUAUUCAGAAUUCACCACUGAAUGGGAGCCGAAGUUCAUUGAAUAUUGGUCAUCGGGAUGAAGGUCUCUUAAACUCAGGCAACUAUCCUGAACAUUCAGAUGACCCACUCACCUAUAUAAAUAUGGAUAAGCUGCUUGAUCGAGAUAAGCGACAAGCUCAAUCAGUGGCGCAUUAUAUCUUAUCUCCUUUAUUAAGUAAUCGAAAGAGAACUUCAUCUAAUUAUCCAUCCUCUUCAUCUUCAACAUUAUAUGGAUUAAAUAACUCAAGACGAGAAAAAUCAUACAAACCUAGUACUUCAUUGAAACUGAAAAAGUCAGUGAACCAACCUUUACUUAAAUACGACACUGAGAAUAAUAUUUUCAACUUUGUAUUUCAGUUCGUCCGAUACAAUCAGACAUCAAUGGACAUAAUAGCAGCAUUUAAUUUAAUAUGUGAAUGGGAAAGUUUUAAAGUUAUGCAACAAAUACAAGCGCAACGUGAACAGAAAUUAAAAAAACUACGUUAUAAACAAGAACACAGACGUCUUGAUGAAUACCAUCGUUAUCUAAGACAUUUUUCAACUAUGCUAACAAAUGAAAAAGCGAAACAAUUUAAAAAUGCACAAAAUUUUUAUGAUUUCAAGAAACUUAUUAUCGGUAAUAAAGACGUUAAAUCACGUAGUAAGAACAACAAUGAUAAAAACAAUAGUAAUAACAAUAGUAAUAAAGUGGAACACAAUGGCAAUAUAAUUCACUCACCUUUGGAUUUUCAGUCGCUUGCAGAACAUCAUAAAAUCCAUGACUCAACAUCAUCUUUAAGUUUAAAUGAUAUACAGUUCUCCGGUGGUAUUGGUGGUGGUAUUUUCUCGGACAGCUUAAGAUUACGAAAACCAAAUAAUCGUGGUGGUCGUGCAAUUAUUUCUAGUGAUAGCCGAACUAAUGAACAAAACUCUUUGAAAACAAACCUGGGGACAGAAUUUUCUCGUGUUUUAACUAGAAACAAGAAGCAGUUGUCAAAGAAUACACCGACAGAUGAGAUAAGUGCAGAUUCUGAAAGAUAUAACAAGGAACAUGCAUAUUCAGAAGAGGAAUUAAGAAGAGCUUUCGAUAGCUACCAAGAGUUCAAAAUGGUGUCUUGUCAGCCACAAAAUCAAACACUAUGCACAGAAGCACUUCUGGGUCUCACUUAUCAUAAUCAACAAAAUCAACAACAACAUCACAAUACCGCUUUGAUAAUACCUCGUGGUAUACAUGUUCAACGAUGUGGUCAACCAGAAAACUCACGUUGUAACCAUUAUUUCAAUCCUUUUCAAAACUUUGAGGAGGAAUAUGAAUACGAGAAAUCAGAUUUAACAUCGUUUUCAUCAGCACCACCUAACAGCUAUACAAGUUAUGAUGAUCAUUACUUGGAUAUGUUACCUGACAGAAACCAACAUGUAUCAUGUGAUUGUGAAACACUUGAAGAAGAAUGUCUUCCUUUAAAGGUUUCUUUAAGAACUUAUGCAGUUGCUGUAAUGCAGAUUGCACCAUUUGAAAAUUUCAAACAUUCAACAGAAUUACUUGUCUUAACAAAUCAUCUGAAAUGUGGAUGUCAACCACGCUGUAGUAAUCGACUAUGUAUACCUCCAUUGAAAUUUAUAAUGCACACUUUUUCAGAUUGUGCAUGUGUCUGUCCACCAAAUGAUAAAAGAUGCUUUGAACUAUUGGAAGGAAAACGUCAGUUCACAGCUGCAGAAAUUCCUUCACCACUGAAUGGGUCUUAUAUUCUACCACCUUGUCGUUAUGGUGUAAUGGAUGAUUUACAUUUGUACCAUAGACACUGUCCUGGACCAGUUAAAAAUAUAAUACCAGCUAAAUGAAAAGUUGGUAAAACAAAAUAAAAAAAUAUCUUAUUCACUGCCUUCCAACCAAAUGUUAGGCAUUUUAAAGACGACAGCUUUUAGGAAAUAAGAAGUAAAGCAAAACUAGACUAAAUUGUGUAAUCUCUUAUAUUUUUUUACAUUUCAUGGUUUUGUCCUGUAUUUUCAUUAAACUUGCUACUGUCUUUUUAUUCUCUAUUGAAAUAAACAUCUGGCAUUUAUUACAACUGUUAUUAUCUUUUUUAUAGGUGAAACUCUAAGAUAAAAUUUUUUUAACACAAUUUUUUCUCCAUGCAAAUAAUACUACUUAUUCAGUUGUGUUGAAAGAAUUUUUCUUUAAGUUUUCUUCAAUAUUCACCUGUCGUUUAGACUGUUGAAAGUAUACCACUAUUUAAUUUACAACUUAGUUAUCUAUUGACUAAAAUACAAAAUUAUUUGAACUGAAGUGUUGAAAAUGAAUUGCAAUACAACUUAAAUAAAAAUAUAUAUGCAACACUAAGGUCUCGUUCUAUGGGUUUCACCUACGAAAAUGUCAUCAUAAUUGUAAGUGAACUUUAUAUACAAUACAAAAUAAAUUUAAUAGG